AUGAACUGCACCGGGAACCAGACUGUGUGCGUCACUCUCAACGGGACAUGGAAUAGAGGAGGUCCCCAAAUCCUGAAAGGCUGUGCUACACCAGAGAUCUGCCACCUGAAAGUGAAUGACACUCUGGGCCCCGAGGAGGCUGGAUUUCAUCUCACCACAAAGCCUGAUUGUAGUUCCCUGGCUCCUCCCACACAACCAGGUCCCCAUGCAAAUGUGACCCAUACCAAGGCAAAGGCCACCAUCUGUUUCACCUGCUCAGACCUCUACCAUUGCAACCCUGUCUCCUGCCCGGAGGACAGGAACUAUUGCCUUCAGACGGCAGGAAUCACAGCGUUUGGGGAAGGAGACUCAGUGGCCUGGAGAAAUGGUUCCUGUGUGGCCUCCAAGGAUUGUAAAUGGGACAGAUCCGUCUCUGCCUUGACCUACGGUGCUCGCUUGGGCUUCUGGGUCAACACCACCUGUUGCCGAGGCAACUGCCAGAAGCCCACUCCUCUCGCAGCUCUGCCGGCCUCCCGCCCCUUGAACAAGUUCCUGUGCCCUACAUGUGCAGGGGACCACCAGGGACCCUGCAAUUCGUCCCUCUACAUGCAGUGUCCCCGUUGGAUGACCGAGUGUGUCCAGCUGAACCUGAUAUCUGAAGGAGGCGGCCGAAACCUGAGCUUGCGUGGCUGUGGCUCCCGAAACCUGUGCAGCGCCCGGGGGGUGACAGAGAGAGUGGCUCUGCAGGGCCUGCGGCUGGCCCGCCCGCCGUACUGCAGCUCGGGCCGCCGCGCCGUCCUGGAGUCCCAGUGCCUCUUGGGCGCCGCCGCUGGACUCCGCCUUGCCCUGCCCGUGCUGGUGGUGGCCCUGGGGACCUCGGUUGCAGAAAAGCUGAGUUCUACUCUGUCAUAGUUGAGGAGCACAGUGUCGCACAGGCAGGUGGCCAGUCAGGUGGCAAGUCCUUCUGCUUCACACACGACAGCCUCACCUACCACGCUGUCAGCACCAGCCCUUUCACCAUUCCCAUCCCGGUUGAGUCCAGAACUCCCGGCUGGACUGGAGGAACAAAAUCGAUUGUUAGAGGCAAGUGUAACCCUUUAAGAUCUGUUUGGGGGGCCCAGAAGAAGCAAGCAUCUCUCAAGAAGCGGCUUCUCUCUUGCUUCAAGUUUAACAGCCUCCAGCAACUUCAGCCUCCUUGAAGCAGAUUCUUGGGUUCUUUUCGGAAGAACAGUUAAUGCACGGGAAGAUGUGUACACAAACACAACGAAGGCAAAGCAAGAUAAGGAACUGGUUCAUAAAGGAAUAACCCACCGUGUUAGAGGAAGAGUUGGGCAACUUUUCUGCAGAGCACAAAGAAUGCCAGUAAGAGAUCAGCAUUCAGAACUCCUGAAGAUGACCCCUCCUGGUGAAAAAACUGAGCUGAAGGGAUGUUGCAAAAGUUACACCCAACACAAUUUUUUAAGGAAAAACUUUGGAUGGGAGAUUUCAUGUAAUGUGAUGAAAUCAUAUUCUUUGGGUUGGUCAAGGUCAUAGAAUUGUUCUAUAGUUGGAUUCUUGCUUAUGCAGGUGCCAGAAGAAGUGCUGUGGAUAUUUGCUAAAUUAAUGCAAGAUUAUAGACUUCAUGAACUUUUAAAACCAAGUAUGGCUGAGACAGGAGCAUCUCAAGUUCAAAGCCAGCCUCAGAAACUUAGUGAGGUCCUGACAAUCUUUCUUCCAACUUUUCUACUACCAAUUGCAACAAGGGUGUGUGAUAUCUUUCUGUCUGAGGAUUUAGAAAUAGUGAUUCAAGCAGAAUUGGGGCUUCUGCAAAUGAAUCAGGCAGAAUUAAUGCAACUUGACAUGGAAGGGAUGUAACAGCACUUUCAGGUCAUUUCACAUCCCUUUGAAGGUGGUCCAGACAAAUUAAUCCAAGCAUUUUACCAAGUCAAAUACAACUCAAAACAAAAGAAAAAGAAAAAGCUUGAAAAAGAAUGCUCAAUAAAAAUUAAAGACAUGGAUCAGCAAGUUGAUAAUAAAAUAUUAUGCACAAGAAAAAGGCUUUAAAAAGAGCGCAUUGAGCCGGGCGAGUGCAUUGAAAUACUAGAAAAACCUAAAUGCAGUUCCAACUACAGUGAAGAUUCUGUGUUACAGCUAGAGAAGGAACUGGUCCAAGCAAGACUGGGGGAAGCCGAGCCUCUGUGUGCAGUAAAAGAGAUGCAAGAUAAAGAACUGGAAAUAGACAAGAGGACCAAUGGCCUUUCCUGAUGAGAAUUACAUCACAGGCUUCGGGAGCAACUCAUCGCUGUGAAACUGAGAAGCAGAAGCCAUCAGAGGUUGAAAGAACUGAGAAAGCAAGUCAAGAACUCCAAAGAAAGUGGGCUGCACCACUUCGCUGGUGCAACCGGGAGAUGGAAAGACCCGCCUAAGAAAAAUGGUGAACAGAUGACCCUUCAACUUAGAGGAGCUGAAACACAGGCAGAAGUAGGAGAAAUGAAACAAAGGAUGGUGGAAAUGGAAACAGACAGAAUCAUUAGUAACCACCUUGGAAGCCUAGAAUAGAAGUCCGCAGGAGAAGGCGCAGGAUGGCUCAGUACAGAGCCGAGACUACUUUACCAGUUAAGCCACGCAAAGCACACAUGAGCCGAACUUGAGGGCACAAACGAGGAAGGAGCGGAGGUGAGAUGGGUGGGGGAAGCAGAAUUACAGUCCCAUGUUCCUGAGCUUGAAAUCCAGAAAGAAGGGAAGCUUGCAGGACAGCUUAACCCCCUGUGUCCGUCUCAGUGCACCAGGGGACUGGAAGAUCAGAUGGCAAAGCUGAGUCAGGAGCUCGGAAUCCUGAACCCUGGUGUCCAGCCGGUUGGAGGAGUUUCCCAGACCAAUUGCCUUUCCCUGCUUUCCCCGCCUGCGGGGCUGGGGGGGACCGCAGGGCUCCAGCUCGCUGGGAAAGCCCUCUUCUUCGGGCCAUGGGCCCAGCGCACCACCCCCUUUUGGAUGCAACCCACACUGUCAACCAUUUGGUAA